CUUUACGGCGAUUUUUUUCCAAAUAUAACAGCUAGGAUAUAUUUUUCUCCUGUUAAAUUAAAAGACAAACAGUUGAGAAGAUGCCAUACAAAAGAGGUUUUUCUGUAAAAAAGAGAUUUAAGAAGGAAAGGUUGAAUAGGACUAAGAAAUUACAAAUGCUUACAGAGCAAGAAAACAUUAUUGAAGAUAUCAUGCAGGAUAAAUUGGGCAAUGAAAUAGCUACCACUGCAACAAACCACAUUACCACCUGUGCUACAUCAACAUGUAUGCCUGAAACUAUCGAGGACAAUUAUAGAUGUCAACCUGUAGCUGAAGCAAUCAAUCAUACCCCUACAAGUGAAAUAGCUACCACAGCAACAAACCACAUUACCACCUGUGCUACAUCAACAUGUAUGCCUGAAACUAUCGAGGACAAUUAUAGAUGUCAACCUAUAGCUGAAGCAAUCAAUUAUACCCCUACAACAUCUUUAAAGGGAAUAGCAAAUACUAUAAAAGUUAUAGGCCUACCUCCUGGAUGGACUUUAGUAAACAGUGACAGCAAAUUGUUAAAAGUAGUUCUCAUUAAGCAAAGGAAGCGAAAUCCCAUGAAAGAUCCCAUGAUUAUUAAGUCAUUGGCAGUCUAUGAAGACUAUACUUGGAGUAUAAGAGUGCAUAACAAAACUGUCCAACAGUUUGAUUGCAGUGGAUUGGAAAAUCUUGUUAAGCAUAAAGUUAUUAAGUCUAGUGGAGCAUUCUUUGAAGUUGUGUCAACCAUUCAUGAUGCUAAGAUAUGCUGUGGAAAUCCUGAUCUUGACCUCCUAAGUGAAACACACCCAAUGCUUGAUUUGGAAAGAAUGCGUUCAAAUAUUGAUGCACAGUUUGAAGUUGAAUGUAAUGGAAAGCAUUUUGAGAGCACAAUUCGAGGAGAAAAAUGUCACAUGUUGAUUGCAGGAAGAUAUGACAGAUGCACUGAAUGCUCAAAAUAUAGAGCAUAUUUACGAACAGUCAAAUGCAGACAACAAAAAAUGGCCAUAUAUGAUAAAAACUACUACACAGGCUCAAACAGUUCUGUCAAUUACAGAUAUUUGUCUUCAGAAGGAAAAACAGAACGGUUGAGGUCAAUGCAAAAGGAACUCAGAUCAAAAAAUCAGUUGGUAAAUAAAUUGAGGUCCAGACUUGCCCAUCUUAUUGAUACAGAAGGCCAUGUUUUAGAUCCCCAAAUUAAUGAUGACCUUUCUAGCAUCUUAUCAAAUAAAGAAAACUUUGCAAAUGAGUUACCUGAAGGAUCAUUUAGAAGGUUAUUGUGGGAACAACAGAUGCAGGCUUUGUCCUGCAAUGACUCAAGGCAAAUGAGAUGGCAUCCUGUUAUGAUCAAGUGGUGCCUGAACAUUAAGUUAAGAUCAUCCUCAGCAUACAAAGCACUAAGAGACUCUGGAUUCAUAAAGCUGCCAAGUGAAAGAACAUUAAGAGAUUAUACUCAUUGGACGAAAGUAACAUCUGGAUUUCAGCCUUCCUCAUUUGAACGUUUGCUUGUGGAUAUGAGUAGUAGUGAGCUGGAAGAAUGGCAGAAAUUUGUGGUCUUGCUUCAUGAUGAAGUAAAAAUAAAGAGCGAUCUUGUGUACUGCAAGCAUACUGGAGAACUUAUAGGAUUUGCCAACCUGGGUAAUAUCAACAACACAUUGCUAGAUUUUGAAAAGCAGUGCCAAGAAGAUGCCAACCCAAUGCCAGACCUUGCAACUUACAUGCUUGUGUUUAUGGUCCGAGGAAUUACCAUUAGGCUGGAGUACCCCCUAGCACAUUUUCCUUGUAACAGCAGCAUAACAGCAGAUUUCAUUUUCCCUCUUGUCUGGGAUGCAGUGAGGCACCUUGAAACUAUUGGGGUUAAAGUUGUUGCAAGUACUUCUGAUGGAGCUUCCACAAAUAGGAGAUUUGUUAAGAUUCACAAGCCCCCCAAAAGUGCAAAAGGGCUUACCAUUUACAAAACAAAGAAUAUCUUCAGUGAAGAUGGAAGGGAUCUGUUCUUUAUAGCAGAUGUUCCUCAUUUACUCAAAACGGUUAGGAAUAAUUGGGAAAACAGCGGAUGGAACAAAAAGACAAGACAACUAUGGAAUUCAGGAUACAGCAUCUCGUGGAUACAUUUGGUUAACCUUUACAAGGAUGAUCUGCGGCGCAGUGGUCUCAAACUAGUUCCUAAGCUGAAAUACGAUCACAUUUACCUGACAUCAUAUUCGAGGAUGAAAGUCCAUUUGGCCACUCAGGUAAUUAGUACGACGGUAGCAAAUGCACUGGAUUCAUUUUAUGGACAGGAAGUUCAAGGAACCGUAAAAUUCAUCAGAAUGUUUGAUAAAUUUUUCGAUUGUUUGAAUAGUCGGUCACUAACAGAGGCUGACAGGAACAGGAAACCGAAUAUGGCACCAUAUAAAUCUCCAAAUGACCAGCGUUUAAAGUGGCUGAGGGAUGAUUUUCUAAAAUACCUGGAAAGGUGGGCAACAUCAGUAGAUUCACACUUCCAGGGACUGAAAUCGAAAGAAAAGGCGAAAAUGAGAUUGAGCAAUCAAACAAAUGAAGGGAUACAUAUGACAGUUUAUUCAUUUGUUGAAUUGACACAGUACUUGCUUGCACAAACUGGUGUGCAAUACAUUUUAAGUGAACGCUUCAACCAAGAUCCGUUAGAAUCACAUUUUGGCAAGCAUCGACAAAUGAAGGGAGGAAAUGACAAUCCUACAGUUGCUCAAUUCAACUACAAUGAGAACAAUCUUCGUCUGCUAGGUUCUCAGGCACUGGCCCCAGUCAAUGGCAACUGUAAAAGGUCAUGCACUGAAAACAAAAUUGAUGACACACCACUUCCAAAGAGGCCAAGAAAACCAAAAAAACUUUUUUUCUAA